AUACACAGCUCCGGUACAUACGCCAGGGAGACGUUUGUUUUUCUAGGACUGCUGCAACAAAUGAUCACAAAGCCCCCCUAGGCGUGUGUAAGGCCAGAGGCCUGAGUUCAGCCUCUCUGGGCUGAAGUCAGGAUGCCCGCCGAGCUGCGCUCCACAGGAAAGCCUCUUUUCUUUGCCCUCUUCCAACUUGAGAGCUGCCCACACAUUCCUUGACUGGCGGCCCCGACCCGUCCCCCAUCUUCAAAGGCAGCAGAAAUGGCCAGACAAGGUUGUGGGAACCUAUAAACCCAGCACCUGGGAGGCUGGACCAGGUCACGGUUCUGGGGCAGUAGUUGUCACCGGUGGACUGAGAGCCAGCAGAUGAAGGCCAAGCUUCAGGCCGAGGACGGAGAGACCCAGGCUCUGGGAGACCCAAGGAUAAUGAGGCUGGCAGUCUGUGCUCUGCUAGGUGUGGGGGUGCUGGGGCUGUGUUUGGCUGCCCCGGGGCAGACUGUAAGGUGGUGUGCCGUGUCAGAUCACGAGGCCGCUAAAUGCUCCAGUUUCCGAGAGGCCAUGAGAAAAGUCCUUCCUGCAGAUGGUCCGUCUGUCACCUGCGUGAAGAAAAGAUCUCACCUGGAUUGCAUCCAUGCCACGGCGGCAGACAAAGUAGAUGCUGUGACCCUUGACGGAGGUUUGGUGUUCGAGGCCGGCCUGGCUCCUUACAACCUGAAACCCAUUGUGGCCGAAGUCUAUGGAUCAGAAGAUGAUCCACAAACCCAGCAUUACGCCGUGGCCGUGGUGAAGAAGGGCACGGACCUCCAGCUGAACCAACUGCGGGGCGCCAAGUCCUGCCACCCAGGCCUGGGCUGGGCAGCGGGCUGGCAUGUGCCUCUGGGCGCACUGCUGCCCUCUGGGUCAGACGAGCCGGGGCCCGCGCGUCCGUCUGAAGCAGAGGCCGCCCGGUUCUUCGGCAGCAGCUGCGUCCCCUGCGCCAACGCCACGUUCCCCGGCCUGUGCCGCCUGUGCGCGGGGAGAGGGACGGACAAAUGCGCCUGCUCCUCCCAGGAGCCCUACUUCGGGUACUCGGGUGCCUUCAGGUGUCUGCGGGAUGGCGUGGGGGACGUGAGCUUCGUGAGGCACAUGACAGUGUUUGAGGUCCUGCCCGAGAAGGCCGACAGGGACCAGUAUGAGCUGCUGUGUCCGGACAACACCCGGAGGCCGGUGGACGAGUACGAGCAGUGCCACCUGGCCCGGGUGCCCUCCCACGCCGUGGUGGCCCGGAGCGUGGACGGCAAGGAGGACCUGAUCUGGGAGAUUCUCAACAAGGCCCAGGAACAUUUUGGAAAAGACAAGAGGUCAGAAUUUCAACUCUUUGGUUCCCCGCACGGGAGAGAUCUGCUGUUCACCGAUGCCGCCCGGGGCUUUGUACAGGUCCCCCUUAAAAUGGAUGCAAAGCUGUACGUGGGAUAUGAGUAUCUUUCCACCACUGGGCAGCUGGAGACAGGUGUGGGGGAAUUCCCAGGGGUGCGGUGGUGCGCGGUGGGCCGCCAUGAGAAGGCCAGGUGUGAGGAGUGGGGUGCGGUGAGCGGCGGGGCCCUGGGGUGCGCCGCGGAGGAGACGCCCGAGGACUGCGUGGCAGCCAUCAUGAAAGGAGAAGCUGACGCCAUGAGUUUGGAUGGCGGACACGUCUACCUCGCAGGCCAGUGUGGGCUUGUGCCUGUCCUGGCAGAGAAUUACGAGCCUAAACAAGGGAGUGAGCGUCGUGGGUCCAAGUGUGUGAACACGCCCUUAGAAGGCUAUUACGCCGUGGCUGUGAUUAAGAAAUCAGAUGUUGGAAUCACCUGGAAUUCUCUACGGGGCAAGAAGUCCUGCCACAUGGGGGUUGGCACCUCUGCGGGCUGGAACAUCCCCAUGGGUUUAAUAUACAACCAAACUGGGUCCUGCAAGUUCGACAACUUCUUCAGCCACAGCUGUGCCCCUGGUUCUAACCCCGACUCCCGUCUCUGCGCGCUGUGUGGUGGGGCUGAUAACCCUGCCCAUACAUGUGCUCCCAACAGCCAGGAGAGGUACUUCGGCUCGGCCGGGGCUCUCAGGUGUCUAGUUGAGAAGGGAGAUGUGGCUUUUGUGAAGCAUCGGACGGUCCUACAGAACACCGCCGGAAAGAACCCUGAGGCCUGGGCUAGGGACCUGAAGCAGGACGAUUUUGAGCUGCUCUGCCUUGAUGGUACCAGGAAGCCCGUGACCGAGGCUCAGAACUGCCACCUAGCCACAGUGCCGAACCACGCCGUGGUGUCAAGGAAAGAUAAGGCAGAUUUUGUUCGCAGGAUCCUCUUCAACCAGCAGGAGCUCUUUGGAAGAACUGGGUUUGAAUACCGGAUGUUCCAGAUGUUUGACUCCUCAGCCAAGGACCUGCUAUUCAGUCAUGACACAGAAUGUCUGGCCAACCUGCAGAACAAAACAACUUACGACAAUUACGUAGGGCCAGAGUAUCUUACGUUCAUGGCCAACUUCAAGCCAUGCAUAGUCUCCGAACUUCUGGAUGCCUGCACCUUCCACCGAAAUUAAAGAGAAAUUAAAAAUGGACUCCUGGGAGCCCCCGCUGUGGCAGAGCCAACCGUUGCUUCUCUCCGUGUAGAUGUGUGCUAACCUCGGUCAUCUUUACAAUUUUGAUUUAGAAUGAAUAAAAACUCUG